CUAAAGGUCUAGAUUAGAGGCCAUAAACUCAAAAAAAAAUUAUAUUGGUGUUGUUGAGACGAAAGACGUGUUUGAAGUCUUGAAUUGAAAAUCAAUUAAGUUAUUAGUAUGUCCAAGGAAGUGCAGACGAUUCUAAAAAGUGAAUUAAUAUGUUCUUUAUGUAAACAAACAACUUAAAAGUGUAUGUGUUGUGGACGUCUGCAGUGCCCUACAUUUUAGACUAGUCAAAUGGAAGAAAGUUGUAUGCCAAGAGCGUUUCAUUUCAAGGGAGUGACCUAAUAUUUAGCACAUUUAAGAUGCUACCUCCGUGAUGGAGUAGUAUUUCUGACUUAAAAAAAAAAAAGAACUCUUGUUAUGUAUACUAUAGUAGAAAUUUUUUUAAGUGUAGGGGUGCUAGUCACUCUUAUAACAGCACUAUCAGCCUGUGUCUGUGGAUGCAAGAAUUCUAAUCAAAAAAAUGAAUUGCUUGGGACAGCUGGUGUUGUCAAAAUACAUUUUGAUGAGGAGGCUCCGUCUCCAACACCUACCACUCCCGCCUCAAUUAAACGGGCAUCGACGCAGAAUAGUCAGCGGAGCCUACCAGAAAUACCCCAGCCGGUCGGCAGGCACGACAGCGGAGACACGGCAUCUGAAAUCUAUGCUACGGUGAAUUUGGUGGCUGCUAAUAAGACAGUAGCGACGGCGUCGACAAGUCGGGAUAAUCCCUAUGAACACGCAUAUGCCAAAUUACAGAAUGAAGCACAAAACGUAACUGUUGAAAUAACCCCAGAACAGAGGUCUAAUGAUGAAUUGCCAAUAGACGAACGAGAUGCGGCACAAAAUACAGCUGAAUCCGUUGUGAUAUCGGCUUCGGUAGCUAUUAGCGGACAGCUGCCGUCUAGUCAGGAACUGCCCUAUAUAACCCCGCCGUCGCCACGACCCAGCGCGGAAACGGCGACACACUUCAGUGGCGAUUCAACCGAUUCCGCAAAGGGAUAUACAAGCAUAUCAGUACGUGAACCAUUAAGCAAUAUCAGAGCUCAGAGCACGAACAAGCCGCCAACACAGCCGCACUACGCCACAGUUUCUGAUGAUUCUGACGAGACGUACGCUGCCAUCGAGGAGGCGAGCGUCGGUGAAGGUUCGGACACGUACGCGCAGAUCGCGCCCGAGCCGCGCCGCCGGGGACUCGCUGCGCUCGACGCCGCGCACACCAGGCGAAGCGCACCGCCGGAAAUCGGAGCGACGCCAUCAAACGCUACACAUUCCAGACAAGCUUCGUCGUCGUCGUGCUCGAACUCAACGGGCGCGCUCGGCUCCCCGAAGCCGGAGAAGCGACAGGCCAACUCCCCGCUCCCGCCGCCGCCGCACCCCCCCGCCGUCCAGCCACAGCGACACCACAGGAUAUCCAGCACCGGCGAUCUCCACUUCAACCACGACAAACUUCGCCGCAGCCUAAACGAGAAGCACCAACGGAACAACAGCUGCGUCAGCUCGUCUGAUUUCUACGGAUGCAACUACCCAGUUGACAAGCACCGGUUUAGUUCCGGCGAUCUCGUCCGACCGCUGGUGGCCAGGGAACUCAACUUCGACAUCGACAAACAAGAAAACAAUCCCGACAACUUGUACAACUCUAUCGACACGCCCGCCUGCAGCGACUAUUCGUCAGCCGAAGCUAAUACUAGCCUGAACUCGGAACGGGUCACGGAGAGUCCCUCGCGUAAUGUCGAGGAAAUGUACGCGAAAGUCAUGAAGAGAGCCAAAGCGAGGGAAGAAGCGAGACGAUCCAAAGAGUUCCAGAACGUCGAAGGUGAACCGCACCCGUCUAAGUUCCGCGGAGAUGAUCCCGGGUACGAAACCAUCGACCGCCAGAAGUCGGUCCACCACCAGAGCCACGGCUACGAGACAAUAGCGCACAAGGACCGAAACAGUUCACACAAUCAAGACCCCGGCUACGAAACCGUAAAGGAUUUAAAGUUAAAGGAAAAGGCUGGACCGAGUCAUAAUUUAUUGAAACUGAAUCAUUUGGUGCCUGAUAGCGGUCCGGACAGCAUCGUGAGCAGUGACAUCGGCUACGAACAUAUCUCAAAGGCUGAUGCCAACGCGUCGGAUUCUGAUCCUAAUUAUGAAGUAUUAAGGAAUCAACCCCCCACUCCACCGUACGCCACGAUCACACCCAACUUCAAAAAGCAACCGACGUACUCCACUGUAAAUAAGAAACCCGGGAAAUACAGUAACUGGCCGGCCACUAACGAAGAACCGAACGCAGAACCCAAUUACGAAUCGAUGCCUCACGAAUCUAUUUACAACACGGGCAGUGAAUCUGAUCCUAAUUAUGAGUCGGUUCGACCGAAGGAUUCGAAUUACGAAACUCAGGAUUCGAAUUACGAAUCUUUGAGAUGUAAGGAUCCUAAAUACGAAUCGGUUAGAUCGAGAGAUUCGAAAUAUGACUCGGUCCGAUCCAAAAAAGAUCCAAAUUACGAAAGUGUUAAAUAUUUCGAACUGCCCAAAAAAGAUCCACCAUAUGAAAAAGUUGAUAAUGAGGCAACGGACCCUCCUAACAACGUGGAGAGAUCGGAUUCUUCCGCAGGAUACGAAAGGAUAAACGUGCCGACCAACAGGGGUCCAAAAAACAGUAUUAACGGUACCGACGCCACUGUUAGUGAUUACUUUCAAGUUUAAACAAGUCGUCAAGAGUAUUCCAGUACGAAUGGAGAGCUAGUAUAAAUUAUUAUGAAUAUAAAUGUUCUGUAAACAGUAUUCUUGUAUUCGAGAUUGUGUGCUUGAUAUUUAUUUAUUUAGGAGCUUAGAAAAUGUCUAGGUGUAUAAUACCUCAACGAGAGAUAUGACCCAUAAUAUCUUCCCUAGGUAUCUGUGAUAUAAGAAUAUUACGAAAUAUUUUACGUUAUUUUUUAAUGAAAAUUUUAUAUCCAUAUUUGUAGGCAUUGAGUAUUUGUGUUUUGUAAUCUCCAGUUAAAUUAUAAGUGUGUUCAAUUUGUAAGAUUGUUUUACACUUGCCGUUGUAUUAUACAGCAUAAUGUUUAUGCCUAUUAUAAUGUGUACAAAAUGUAGAUUGUGCAUAGUUUUAAGUAAUUUAUGAUUUUAUUUUAAUUAUUUUAUUAUAGAAAGAAUGACGCGCAAAGACAAGUCAAGUAAAUUAACAUCGAAACUCUUGUCUCGUUAUAGUCUGAUCUCUUCUUCAUGAUUUAUAAGACAAUUAACCCGCUAAGGAACAGUCAUAAUUCUAAUACAAAAAUAAAUAGUACAAUGUGUUGAAAUUUAUUGUAAACACCAAACAAUUACUAUCUCUCUUGUAAACUGUAAACGGUAAAAUUGAAGUGAAGACUGUUUUUUUGACUAAUUUCUGUUAUUGUUUUUGUUAAAUAGGGUGCAUGUUUUGAUUAAAAAAACAUCACAUCUUUAAAUGUUCAUAAAUAUUGAAUAUGUUCAAACAUACAAGAUAUGUUCAUUUAUGUAAUUAUUUUUUUCAUUAUUGCAUUGUUUGUUAUUUCAACGAACAUUUUAGGUACUAUAAUUGUUUUGCUAUUAACAUGAACUUUAGGUUCAUAAUUACCUGAAUACACUACCACUACCCUAAACAUUAGUUUCAAUACACAAUAGUAACAUUUUAUUACCAUUAUUACUAUGUAUCCUAAAGUGAUAUUAAUGAACACCAUUUUAAUAUUAACAUGUAAUUAACUUUUAUAUAAAUUGUUUAACAUUAUCCGUAAAAGCUUUAAGUGUUAACAAUGUUUCUUAAAACAAUUAUGAAAUUAACUAGUACUCUUUGUAACCAUACAUUCCUAUGCCGACAUAUGAUUCCGUAUUUCAUAAAAUAAAGUACACACCUUAAAAUGUUUGAACUAUAUACACUUAAAA